CAUAAACGUAAUAUUUCCAAAUCGAGAACAAACAGCUCUACGUUCUGAGUUCAGAGUCAAGUUAUUCGAAUGGAAGGCCAGUCAAGUGAGCAAUUUAAAAAUAAAAUUUAUUUAUUUGAAAGUUUAGAGGUAUUUUUUUUUAUUGUUUUUGAUGUUUUUUAAGGGUUUUAGCACGUCCAUAAACGAUUCGCAAUCGUCCACUUUGUCCUGGCCGCAACAACGUCUACAUUUUCAUUCCCAGAAUCAAGCUGUUCCACAGCUCAUAGUAACGCUAAGGUUAGUUAGUUACAUAUCUAACAUUUUAAACUUAACACACAUUGUUGCAUCGUUCCAGGUUACCAGUUUUAAUCAUAGCAAAAAAAAUUUCAGUUUCCAAUAACAAAUUUAAUUGAAAAAACUUAAAAAAAUGCUUUUAACUUUGUUGUUGGAAACCACCUGUUUUCUUUUGAUUGUGUUUAGUAACUUUUUAUUUAAUAAUUAGUUUUUAAAUUGUUUAUGUAGGGCGCAAAAGAAAUAUUGCAGUCGUCUGAAAUUGGCAAAGAAAUAAUUAAACAGUUUGCUACAAACCAGUAUCUAACAGAAGACAACAGGCGUAAAAUAGUACAAAUUAUUUCCGAAAAUUUGUAUGUGCCUGCUACAGCAAGUUAUUCCACCCUCAAACUAGCCGAAAUAGAAAAACUUGCUGAUCAAAUCGUAGAAAUUUUUCCAACAGAAUCUAAAGAUGUUUAUUAUAUGGGGCGAAAAAAAAGCGGAAAUUCUAGUCCAAGCGGUAUUCUUUUCAAUAAGCUCCACAAUCAUCAUCGGAAAAGAAAAAUCGUCUUAGAAUCAAAAACCAUUGAUAAUGAAAAACAGCAAGAGCAAACUGUCAUUGACUCGGUUAUAUUGGACUAUGUAAAUAAAUUAAAAUUUUAUGUUGGUUCGGAGGAGGAUUCUUUUGAAUUGUGGAAAGCCACAUAUUCGUACCGCAAACAUUUCAUUAAACGUGCAGUAUCAUUUGAGUCUGUUAUUGAAGAGUUUCCUCUAUACAAGCAAGCCAUGGGAUACAAAUUUAUUGAAGCAGAUUUUAAAGAAUUAUACCCAGAAAAACAAUUUAUGAUUACGUCGAAAUGGGCUGAAACGUUACCAAAGCGUACGGUUUACUACGAGGAACACGUAAAAGAUAAAUACUACAGAAAACUUUUGAUAUCUGUAAAAGGCAUAACCGACACAAAUUCGAAAGACUGCAUUUAUUUCAUGCUGCUUCACUCCAUUUUAAAACCAACUCAUCGGUAUAUAAUUAAAGAAGGCGAAUUAAAAGUACAUCGUAAAGCUACAAUUCAAAGUUCCGUGAGCAGCUCUAUAUUACAUAUUACCAGUGUAAAUGAUUUGCAACAUCAAAUGGAACUACGUAGAAAUAAGUCUAUAGAAUCGAAAACUCCGAUACAGCCCUUUUUAAUUGUAGUUGGCUCUGAUCUCUUGAGUUUAACUGAUUUUUAUGUGAGCUUUGGUUAUUAAAAAUUUAAAUUCAGCUCGUUUAUAAUAUCUUUGGAUAUUUGCUUUAAAAUUUAUCAAAUAUUCUCUUUAAAAUAUCCUGAUGAGUCUCAUCACGUGUGGAGUUUUCUUCAACAUUACUUUUAUGAUAUUUCUACUCCUUAUGACGUAAAGAAGCCAUGUGUAACUAAUUUCAUUAGAAAUUUAAGCAAUUGCAUUUAAAUCAAAUAACAUAUUUUCAGAUUUGUUUUAAUGACUAAAAUGUGUGUUUUAAAUGCUAUAAAGAUUUUGCUAUCUUGACAGCUUUAUACUCUCAUUUCGUAUCAUAUCAUGGGUUAAGUGAAGUAGAUAUCUAUAGAUGUACUCACAAUAAUUGUAAUCGAGA